AUGAGGCGAGCGGCGAGGCUCUGGACCUGCACGCUGGUCUUCCUCGCCUUCGUCGGCGUCGCUACGACUGGAUCCGCUACAUAUACGCCAUGCAAGGACAAUCCGACGGCGAUCGAGUGCGGUUCCAGGAAGCCCUCAUCCGUAGCUAGCCGUCGCGCAGCGGACGGCUCGAUGUUCCUGGCUCGCGUGAUGCAGGAGCCCACACCAUACCACAGCACAUCGCCGCCGCAGCCCACAGCAGCGCCCGAUGGCGACGCGCCGGCCGAGGACGGCGAGAGCGACGGCGAGGGCGAGGGCAUCGGGCAGAGCAAGGAGUCCAUCGCGGGCCUGUCCAUCCUGCUCACCCUCACACUCCUGCAGGCCUCGCUGCUGCUGGGCUGGUGGAUCAGGAAGCGCGACGUGCCGUACAUUCACGAGGCCGGCGCGGCGCUCCUCCUCGGCCUGUUCGCGGGCCUGGUCGUCAGUGCCGUGUCCACCAGCGCGCACCAGCUGGCCUGGAUCAAAUUCCAGCCCGACUUCUUCUUCCUCUUCCUGCUCCCGCCCAUCAUCUUCGAGUCCGGCAUCUCGAUGCCCCCGCGCCCCUUCUUCAAGAACUUCGGCGCGAUCUGCACGUUCGCCUUUGGCGGAACGCUGCUCUCUGCUUUCAUCGUCGGGAUCGUCGUGUGGCUGGCGGGGCUCGCGUACAUGUCGGUGCGCCUCAGUUUCGUGGAGUCGCUCAUUUUCGGCUCUUUGAUCUCAGCGACGGACCCCGUAACAGUCCUGGCUAUCUUCCAGCAACUCAAGGUCAACCAGAACCUCUACGCGCUCGUGUUCGGCGAGUCCGUCCUCAACGACGCCGUCGCGAUCGUCAUGUACCGCACGCUGCGCGAGUUCAUGAUCCGGGAGGUGUCCGCGGGGUCCUUUUUCCGCGCCGUGGGGACCUUCCUGGGGGUGUUUUUGGGGUCCUUUUGCAUCGGGGGCGUCAUCGCGGCCGCGAGCGCGCUGCUCUUCCGCCAUGGACAGUUCCGCGGCGACAACUCCGGCAGCCACGACGAGCACCUCACGCUCCUGGAGGUCUGCCUGCUGCUCAUCUUCCCGUACAUGGCCUACAUGCUCGCCGAGGGGCUCCGGCUGUCCGGCAUCGUCUCGAUCUUGUUUUGCGGAAUCGUGAUGUCGCAUUAUACCAUCAAGAAUCUGUCCGACAGGGCGCGCGACUCGGCACUGGACUUCUUCAAGAUCGCCGCGUCGCUCGCCGAGACCUUCGUCUUCAUCUACAUGGGCAUCACGGCCUUCACGCUCGCCUGGCACUGGAUCUACCUCGCGUUCUCGUUCUGGGGCCUCGUCGCCAUCCUCGGGGCGCGCGCCGCGCACGUGUUCCCAGGGUCGAAGAUCAUCAACCGCGUCCGGGUCCCGAUCCGCGCGAUCCCCGCGGAGCACCAGCAGAUGCUGUGGUUCUCCGGUCUGCGCGGCGCCGUCGCCUUCGCACUGUCGCUCGAGGCGGCGGUGGACCUCCCGAACACGGCGCACGGCGAGGCCAUGCAGGCAGUGACGCUGGCGCUCGUGGUGUUCACCGUUCUCGCCAUCGGCGGCCUCACGAACACCGCGGUCGAGAAGCUCAACCUGCGCGCCCCGAGCCCCGAGGACGAGGAGUCCCCCGGCGACGUCACCAUGGCCCACAUCGCGCACCGGCAGGUGGGGGGCGAGGACGGAGGCGACACGGCCCGGCGGGGCGUCGCGCACGGGUCGCGGAAGUUCGAGGGCGCGUGGAGCGGCCAGGGGAACGGAGACAGCACGCCGAUGUCGCCUGGGGGCACGUUGGCACAGCGUGCGCUCGCGGUGGCCACAAACCUGAAAGACCGCACGACAGCGGUCGCGGAGGCCCUGCCGACCUUCGAGAUGCUGGACCAGCGGUACCUGCAGCCGCUGUUCGUGGGAGGGAGCGUCCCGCCGACGGCCGCGGCUACGCCAGCGCCGCGGAGGCAAGGUGCGGAGGGGGUGGCCGCGGACCACGCGGCGCAGCAGCAGAGGCGCGCGGAGGAAGGGCGGCCGCUGAUGCGGCCCGCGGACGGCCCCGCGUCGGACGCGCUGGAGCACGUGGCGGUUGACGAGCGGGAUGGCUGGGAGGACGACAGAGGCUCGAGCGGGCCGGAGGGAGACGGGGACGCGCCCGUGACGAGGGACUGCGUGUCAGAGGUGUCUGGGGUUUCGGUCGGGCCCGGGCCGUCGUCGUCGGCGCGCCCCCGGCGCGGCAACAGCGCGAAUAGGAAGGCUAGCGAUUGA